ACUGCAAAAAAAGAGUAUAAACAUCAGAGAUACGUUUAUAACUGAUAAACAUUGUGCAAUCGUGAUAGAUGUGAUUGAAAUUGAAAUACAUUUCAAAAAGCAACUCUGAUGUAGUGUAAAAAUGUUCUAUACUAUUUUCUAUAGAAAAAGUGGACAAUAAAUAACUUUUUUCUAAAGAAUGGCUCUCACAUAUUCGUGGUGGUGUUCGCGCUACUUGACAUGUAAUGCCAGGAAACUAUUUUAUGAUGUUAUGUCUUCGCGUAUUUCGAAAAAUAACCAGAGACUGAUUUCGAACGAAGGCAAUAAAAUUCGAGAAUCAGUCAAAAAAGAUGCCAAAGGUUUCGACAGAGACCAUGGUCGUCCACUGUACCUUGAUGCUCAGGCGACCACUCCCAUGGACCCGCGGGUGUUGGACUCCAUGAUGCCCUACAUGACCGGCUACUACGGCAACCCGCACUCACGCACCCACGCCUACGGCUGGGAGACGGAGGAGGCAGUGGAGCAUGCCCGCAAGCAAGUGGCUGAUGUGAUUGGAGCGGAUCCGAAGGAAAUAAUCUUUACUUCCGGAGCAACGGAGUCAAACAACAUCGCAGUUAAGGGUGUAGCGCGCUUCUACGCCAGCCGCAAGAAGCACGUCAUUACCGCGCAGACUGAACACAAGUGCGUGCUGGACUCGUGCCGUGCGCUGGAGGGGGAGGGCUUCAGCGUGACCUACCUGCCCGUGGGGCCCACGGGCCGCGUCAGCGUGGAGGAGCUGGAGGCGGCCAUCCGCCCGGACACGGCCCUCGUCUCCGUCAUGGCCGUCAACAACGAGAUUGGCGUCAAGCAGCCCGUCCGGGAGAUAGGUGCGGUGUGCAGGGCACAUAAAGUAUUUUUCCACACAGAUGCCGCGCAGGCGUAUGGCAAGAUACCCAUUAACAUUGAUGACCUCAAAAUUGAUCUGAUGUCCAUCAGUGGCCACAAGAUAUAUGGCCCAAAAGGGAUCGGCGCGCUGUACGUGCGCAGGCGGCCGCGCGUGAGGGUGGAGCCCCUCCAGAGCGGCGGGGGCCAGGAGAGGGGCAUGCGCAGCGGCACCGUGCCGGCCCCGCUGGUCGUGGGACUGGGGGCCGCCGCGGAGCUGUCCAGCCGGGAGAUGGCCUAUGACCACAAGUGGAUGGAAAAGUUGUCCGAGCGACUGCUGGACAAGAUAAUGUCUCACCUGCCCGACGUCGUGCGGAAUGGAGACCCGGACCAUUCGUACCCAGGCUGUAUCAACCUCUCGUUUGCAUACAUUGAAGGGGAGUCCCUGCUGAUGGCGCUGAAGGACGUGGCUCUGUCGAGCGGCAGCGCGUGCACCUCGGCGUCGCUCGAGCCGUCGUACGUGCUGCGGGCGAUCGGGGCGGACGAGAGCCUCGCUCACUCGUCCAUCCGCUUCGGCCUGGGCCGCUUCACCACCGAGGAGGAGGUGGACUUCCUGGUGGACCUGUGCGUGCGGCACGUCCGGAGGCUGCGCGAGAUGAGUCCGCUGUGGGAGAUGGUGCAGGAAGGCGUGGACAUCAAGGCAAUCCAGUGGGCACAGCACUGAGGACCUCGUGACUCCACAUUAUCUCGCUUGGUCUCAUUUCAAAAUAUAGGUUUCAUCUGCAGCUAUUGUACUGCAAUAUAAACUAUAAAAUAAACAUUUCUUUAUUUCUU